CCUCCUCCACAGCACAAUGCAGUACGUGCGGAGCAUCAGCGGCUCCGUCUCGACGACAUGGAACUCGAUCAACCCAGCCACACUCAGCGGCGCAAUUGACGUCAUCGUCGUCGAGCAGGAGGACGGCUCGCUGGCCUGCUCGCCCUUUCACGUGCGCUUCGGCAAGUUCUCGCUGCUGCGCCCGUCGGAGAAGAAGGUCGAGUUCCGCGUGAGCAACGUGAAGCAGGACUAUGCUAUGAAGCUGGGAGACGGUGGCGAGGCCUUCUUCGUCUUCGAGACCAGCAAUGAUAUCCCCGAGGGGCUGCAGACGUCGCCGUUGGUGUCGCCGGCGUCGAGCCCGCCGCUCGAACCAGAGGGGUCUGUCGUGGUUGGGCUGCAGGAGCCGGAUUUUCUGGAUCUGACGACGGAUGAGAAGGGGAAGAGACCACCGCCGUCGUCGGUUUUGCAAUCUCCGGCUCUGCAGAAGGAGGCAAACAACCUAGAUAUCUACGGGCAGCUUGCGGGCCCUCCGGAAGUUACACUUGAGAGGCCGCGAUCGGGCGACUGGUCGGGGCUGUCGCUCGAACCACGCGCCGCCAGCGAUAGAUUUGUCGAAAAGCGAAGGACAUACAGCAAUCAAGAGACCUAUCCAUUAGACAGCCAAGGCCGAUCUGUGGUACCAGCUCUGGGACAAGAUGGCCCAUCCGAUACAUUUACCGAACGCUCACAAAGCCCUCCAUUGCCUACGCGUGAGGCGAUCGAACGGGCAAUUUCGCUCUCGAAGCAGCUGGCCGUGUCGAAUAUCCCUUCACAUGUGACAGAUACGGGAGAUCUGAUGCUGGAUAUGACGGGAUACAAGAGUAGCGACGACGAUGCAUUACGGGCAGAGGUCAUUGCCCGCAAGCUGCUGUCAGAAGAGCUAGAGGGAAACUACGACAUUGGAGCGCUUAUCGGAGCUGACGAGCAGGGGAACCUGUGGAUCUACAGUAGCGAAGAGGCAAAGGAGGCAGCUGUCCACCGAGCCCAGCUCGCCGGUAUUCGCCCUGCCCCUGCCAUUCUCACGAGUGACGUCGCGUCCGACCCAGGCUACCACAGCGACGGAGGCGAUAGCGACUCGGCCGAGAUCAAGGCAAUGCGCCUCCGCUCCGACUCUGACCAGUUCCCCGGCCUCGAAAUCCCGCUCCUUCCCCUCGCAGAAGCUAGCACCGCCGGCGACCCGAACAGGAACUAUGCCAAGACCCUGCGUCUGACGUCCGACCAGCUCAAGGCGCUGAAUCUCCAGCCCGGCCCGAACAUGAUGUCCUUCACGGUCAACCGCGCGACUUGCACGGCGUACAUGUACCUCUGGCGCCACGACGUCCCGAUCGUCAUCUCCGACAUCGACGGCACGAUCACCAAAUCCGAUGCCCUGGGCCACGUGCUCAACAUGAUCGGCCGCGACUGGACGCACAUCGGCGUAGCGAAGCUAUACACCGAGAUCGAAGCGAACGGGUACAACAUCAUGUACCUGACCUCCCGAUCCGUCGGACUGGCCGACACCACGCGCGCCUACGUCGCCGGCGUGGUGCAAGACGGCUACCGCCUUCCUCGCGGACCCACAAUCAUGAGUCCCGACCGCACGAUCGCGGCGCUUCGGCGCGAGCUGUACAUCCGCAAGCCGGAGGUGUUCAAGAUGGCCUGUCUGCGGGACAUCAAGAACCUAUACGGCGAUGGGCGGACGCCGUUCUACGCAGGUUUCGGGAACAGGCUCACGGACGCGUUGUCCUACCGCAGCGUCAGCAUCCCGAGUAAUCGCAUCUUCACGAUUAAUAGCUAUGCGGAGGUGAGCUUGGAUCUGCUGUCGCUGAAUAAGCUGAAGUUGAGCUAUGUCAAUAUGCGCGAGGUUGUGGAUCACUACUUCCCGCCGGUGAGUAUGCUGAUUAAGGGGGGUGGAGAGGAGUUUACGGAUUUUAAUUACUGGCGCGAUAAGCCGAUGGAGAUGGAGGAUUUUAGUGCGUCGGAGGACGAGGACGAGGAUAAAGGUGAGGAUGGGAAUGAGGGCGGUUCGGAGCGCGGGUCGGAUGAUGGGGAUGACGAUAGGGAGUCUGGGAAUGGGGAUGAUGGCGACGAGGAUGUAGGCGAUAUGGGGGAUAGCUAUAUCAGCCGCGACUCGAUCGAUGAGUACGAUGAGGAGGAUGGAGAGGAAUAUGACGAGGAGGACGAUACGGCUGAUAUCAGUAAUAUCAACGACGACGCCGACGAGAGCGCUGCGCCGCUCCUGGAAGACAUGCCGACGCCAGUUCCUCAGGGAGAUAGAGACGCGACGCCUAGCGCGGAGGCGGUGAGAUCACCUAGCAGGGGAGGAUAUACUGAGGAUCCGGAUGCGGAUCUGAUCUCUGGGAUGGAGGGGCUGAUGAGGCAGGAGGAGAGUCCGCACGUGGAGCAGAGGAAUACGAAUAACUCGAAGGGAGCUGCAAAGGGGUAUGGAAAGGAUUAUGAUGUGCAUGGAGUGAGGUGAAGGGUGUGUAGGAUGGGGGGGGGGGGGACGGAAUGGAUGGGAUAUACCCUGGAGUUGAAGCAUUGUGGGUGUGGCGGAUGGGGUUUAGUAGUAGUCAUGGGGGUAUAAGGCGUUUUAGAUGGGAUAUUUUGGUGGGAGAUAUACAGACGCAUAGCGAGAGAAGGGGGGGGGAUAUUGUCAUAUUAGCUAUAUAUAUUAUAUGAAAAGAGAACAGAAUAUGGGAAUAAAAAAGUUGGAAC